CCGGCAGAGGCAGCCGGCUCCCCGCACCCGUCCCCCGGCUGCUCUCCGCGCCUACUUUCAGUUUCGUGCUCAGCGCGGCGAAGCCGGGAGCGCAGCCGGGAGCGCAGCCGGGGCCUGUCCUAUGGAAAGAACCUGAAAAUCCAUCUCAGGGACUUGGCCCAGGAACCCAUGAGACCCUCUCUGUGGACAUCCUAGAACAUCUAUGAUGAACCAGGAAGCCAGGGCCGGGCUGCUCACGGACCCCAUCAGCCUCCAGCUGGGCACCGAGAACCUGUGCGGAUGUCUCGUGAGGCUGCUCAGCAAAGACCCAGAAUGGCUGAGCGCCAAGAUGAAGUUCUUCCUCCCCAACAUGGACCUGGGUUCCGGGGACCAGUCCCCAGACCCCACACAGAGGGUCAUCCAACAACUCAGCAAACUGCACACCCAGGGUCAGAGCACCUGGCAGGAGUUCAUCCACUGCGUGUGCAUGGAGCUGGACGUACCACUGGACCUGGAGGUGCCGUUGCUGAGCAUUUGGGGCCACGGAGAUGGCUUCCCCAGGCAGCUGGACAUUGGCGAGGAAAGCCAACCAGACUCUCAGCUCCACCCUGGCCUCAAGCGGCCUCAUCAGAGCUGUGGGUCCUCACCUCGCCCAAAGCAGUUCAAGAAGCAGGAGCAAGAGCUGGCCAAGAGGUACCUGCAACUGCUUAGGACUUCUGCCCGGCAGCGCUAUGCCGACAGGACCCCGAGGCCAGGGCAGCCGCUUGCCUUCCCCCAAGUCUACAUCCCUCCAAUCUUGCAAUGGAGCCGGGCCUCAGCACCCUUCGACGCUCAGGAGGGGGCCGUUACAGGGGACCCCAAGGCAGAAGAUGGCACCGACGUGAACAUUCGGGACCUCUUCAAUACCAAGGCCAACAGGGGCCCAAGAGUGAUGGUGCUUCUGGGGAAGGCGGGCAUGGGCAAGACCACGCUGGCCCACCGGCUCUGCCAGAAGUGGGCUGAUGGUCAGCUGGACCGCUUCCAGGCCCUGUUCCUUUUCGAAUUCCGCCAGCUCAAUGUGAUCACAGGUUUCUUGACGCUACCCCAGCUCCUUUUUGAUCUGUACCUGAGGCCUGAGGCUGGCCCCGAGGCCGUCUUCGAGUACCUGCAGGAGAAUGCUAAUGGAACCCUGCUGAUCUUUGAUGGACUGGACGAGGUCUUCCACCCCUGCCCCAGCAAGGAGACUGCAGGCCCUGAGGACCCAGCAUCAGCCCUCACCCUCUUCUCCCGCCUCUGCCGUGGGACCCUCCUGCCGGGCUGCUGGGUAAUGGCCACCUCCCGUCCAGGGAAGCUGCCUGCCUGCCUGCCCACCGAGGUGGCCACGGUCCACAUGUGGGGCUUUGACGGACCACGGGUGGAGGAGUACGUGAGCCGCUUCUUCAGCGACCAGCCAUCCCAGGAGGCAGCCCUAGCAGAGCUGCGGGCAGACAGACGUCUCUGGAGCAUGUGUGCCCUGCCCGCUCUGUGCCGAGUCGCCUGCCUCUGCCUCUACCAUCUGCUCCCGGGCAGCUCUCCAGGCCAGUCUGCAGCCCUCCUGCCCACCAUGACCCAGAACUACGUGCAGAUGGUGCUAACCCUCAGUCCCCAAGGGUUCCUGCCUGCCGAGUCCCUGCUGGGUCUCGGGGAAGUGGCCCUGCGGGGCCUGGAGACAGGGAAGAUCAUCUUCUCUGCAGGUGACAUCCCUCCACCCGUGAUGGCCUUCGGGGCUGCCCUCGGCCUGAUGACCUCCUGUGUGUGCAUGGGGCCCGGGCACCAGGAGACAGGCUAUGCCUUCACCCACCUAAGCCUGCAGGAGUUUUUUGCUGCCCUGCACCUGAUGGCCAGCCCCCAGGUGGACAAAGAUACACUCUCCCAACAUGUCACCCUCACUUCUCGCUGGGUGCAGCGAAGCAAAGCUAGACUGGGCCUCAUAGACCACCUCCCCACCUUUCUGGCGGGCCUGGCAUCCUGUGCCUGCCGCCCCUUCCUCAGCCUCCUGGCACAGCAGGACGAGGCCUGGGUGGGUACCAAGCAGGCAGCAGUCGUGCAAGCACUGAGGAAGUUGGCCACCCGCAGGCUCACGGGACCAAAGGUUGUAGAGCUGUGUCACUGUGUGGGUGAGACACAGGUGCCUGAGCUGGCUGGCUUCACAGCCCAGAGCCUCCCCCAUCAAAUGCCCUUCCACAACUUCCUGCUGACCUACACCGACCUGGCUGCCCUGACCAACAUCCUAGGGCACAGGGAUGCCCCCAUCCACCUGGAUUUUGAGGGCUGCCCCCUGGAGCCCCGCUGCCCUGAAGCCCUGGCAGGCUGUGGGCAGGUAGAGAAUCUCAGCUUUAAGAGCAGGAAGUGUGGGGACGCCUUUGCCAAAGCCCUCUCCAGGUGCUUGCCGACAAUGGGGAGCCUGAAGAAGCUGGGGUUAGCAGGAAGUAAGAUCACUGCUCAAGGCAUCAGCCACCUGGUGCAGGCUUUGCCCCUCUGUCCACAGCUGGAAGAGAUCAGUUUUCGGGACAACCAGCUCAAGGACUGGGAGGUGCUGAGCAUCGUGGAGGUACUGCCUUGCCUGCCGCGGCUCCGGAAGCUUGACCUGAGCCUCAGCAAUGUCUCCGUGUCAACACUCCUCUCCUUGACGAAUGUGGCGGUCACGUGCCCCACCGUCAGGAUGCUACAGGUCAGGAAGGCGGACCUCAUCUUCCUUCUCUCCCCACCCACAGAGACGGCUACAGAGCUACAAGGAGACCCAGACCUACGGGGCAAUGCCAACCAGAGGAAAGAGGCUCAGAGGAGAAGCCUGGCACUCAGGCUCCAGAAGUGUCAGCUCGGGGUCCAUGAUGUGGAAGUGCUCAUAGCCCAGCUCCGGGAAGGUCCACACCUGGAUGAAGUGGACCUCUCAGGGAACCAACUGGAAGAUGAAGGCUGUCAACUGAUGGCGGAGGCUGCACCCCAGCUGCACAUCGCCAGGAAGCUGGACCUCAGCAGCAAUGGGCUUUCUCUGGCCGGGGCGUGCCGUGUGCUGAGUGCAGUGAGCAUGUGCCGGACCCUGGCAGAGCUACAUGUCAGCCUGCUGCACAAAACUGUGGUCCUCAAGUUUGCCCCAGAGCCGGAGGAGCAGGAGGUGAUCCAGAAAAGGGCUGCGUUUCCUGGCAGCCUUACGUUCCAGAUGCCUUCUGAUCCGCUCCCGUGCGCCCCAAGGAUCAGGCUGACACACUGUGCCUUGCAAGCCCAGCACCUAGAGCACCUCUGCAAAGCACUGGGAGGAAGUUGCUGCCUCCGUCACCUCGACUUAUCAGGCAACGCUCUCGGGGACAAAGGUGUGGCCCUGCUGGCUCAGCUGCUUCCAGGGCUGGGCGCUCUGCAGUCCUUGAACCUCAGUGAGAACGAUUUGUCCCUGGAUGCUGUGUUCAGUUUGACCCGGUGCUUCUCUACUCUGCCGUGGCUUGUGCACUUGGACUUCAGCUCUGAGAGCCAAAGCGUCAUCCUGAGGGGUGAUGGAAGAGACAGGGAUCUGUCGGCUGCUGGAUCUUUGCCAGAGUUCCAAGCUGGAGCCCAGUUCUUGGGGUUUGGUCAGCGCCGCAUCUCCAGGAGCUUCUGCCUCAGGGAAUGUCAGCUGGAACCCUUGAGCCUCUCCCGCCUCUGUGAGACUCUGGAGAAGUGCCCGGGGCCUCUGGAAGUCAAAUUGUCCUGCAAGGUCCUGAGUGACCAGAGCCUGGAGACCCUGCUGCACCACCUACCCCGGCUCCCUGAGCUAAGCCUGCUGCAGCUGACCCAGAUGGAACUGUCCCCAAGGAGCCCCCUCCUGCUGGCUGACAUCUUCAGCCUGUGCCCGCGGGUUCAGAAGGUGGAUCUCAGGUCCCUGCAUCACGCGACCCUGCACUUCAGGUCUAGCGAGGAGCAGGAAGGUGGGUGCUGUGGCAGAUUCACAGGCUGCGGCCUCAGCCAGGAGCAUGUGGAGCCACUCUGCUGGUUGCUGAGCAAGUGUGAAGACCUCAGCCAGCUGGACCUUUCAGCAAACCUGCUGGGUGAUGCCGGGCUCAGGUGCCUCCUGGAAUGUCUCCCUCAGGUGCCCAUCUCCGGUUCACUUAAUCUAAGCCACAACGGUGUCUCUCAGGAAAGCGUCCUGUACCUGGUGGAGACUCUCCCCUCCUGCCCACGCAUCCGGGAGGCCUCAGUGAACCUGGGCUCCAAGCAGAGCUUCUGGGUUCACUUCUCCCGCCAGGAGGAGGCUAGGAAGACACUGAGGCUGAGCGAGUGCAGCUUCAGGCCAGAGCACGUGCCCAGACUGGCCACUGGCCUGAGCCAGGCCCUGUGGCUGACGGAGCUCACGCUGACCCAGUGCUUCCUGGGCCUGGAGCAGCUAACCAUCCUCCUGGGUCUGCUAAAGUGGCCGGCAGGGCUUCUCACUCUCAGGGUGGAGGAGCCGUGGGUGGGCAAAGCCGGGGUGCUCACGCUGCUAGAAGUCUGUGCCCAAGCCUCAGGCAACGUCACUGAAAUAAGCAUCUCCGAGACCCAGCAGCAGCUCUGUAUCCAGCUGGAAUUUCCCCAUCAGGAGAACCCAGAAGCCACGACCCUCAGGCUGGCUCACUGUGACCUUGGGACCCACCACAGCCUUCUUGCCAGGCAGCUGAUGGAGACCUGUGCCCGGCUGCGGCAGCUCAGCUUGUCCCAGGUGAACCUCUGCGAAGCCAGUGCUCUGCUGCUACAAAGCCUCCUGCUGUCCCUCUCUGAGCUGAAGAACUUCCGGCUGACCUCCAGCUGUGUGAGCUCCAGUGCGCUAGCCCACCUGACAUCUGGUCUAAGCCACUGUCACCACCUGGAGGAGCUGGACUUGUCUAACAAUCAACUUGGCGAGGAGGGUACCAAGGUGCUGACGGGGGCCCUUGAGGGCAAGUGCUGGCUGAAGAGGCUUGACCUCAGCCACCUCCCACUGGACGGCUCUGCCCUGGUUGCACUCACUCAAGGACUAAGCCACAUGACCCUCCUGCAGAGCCUCCGCUUGAGCCACAACCAGAUUGGAGACACCGGUGCCCAGAACUUAGCUGCUGUCCUGCCGGGACUGCCUGAGCUCAGGAAGAUAGACCUCUCGGCGAAUGGCAUCGGCCCCGCAGGGGGAGCACGGUUGGCGGAGUGUCUCCCGCUUUGCAGGCACCUAGAGGAGCUGAUGCUCGGCUACAACGCCCUGGGAGACCCCACAGCCCUGGGGCUGGCCAGGGGGCUGCCCCGGCACCUGAGGGUCCUGCACCUGACAUCCAGCCAUCUUGGCCCAGAGGGAGCACUGAGCCUGGGCCAGGCCCUGGAUGGAUGCCCACACAUGGAAGAGAUCAGCUUGGCAGAGAACAACCUGGCCGGAGGGGUCCCACAUUUCCAUCUGGGGCUCCCACUGCUCCGGCAGAUCGACCUGGUGUCGUGUGAGAUUGACAACCAGACUGCCAAGCCCCUCACUGCCAGCUUCGUCCUCUGCCCGGCCCUGGAAGAAAUCAUGCUGUCCUGGAACCUGCUCGGGGAUGACGCAGCUGCUGAGCUGGCCCGGGUCCUGCCGCAGAUGGGCCGGCUGAAGAGAAUGGACCUGGAGAAGAAUCGGAUCACAGCUUAUGGAGCCUGGCUUCUGGCUGAAGGGCUGGCGCAGGGGUCUGGCAUCCAAGUCAUUCGCCUCUGGAAUAACCCCAUCCACCCGGAGAUGGUCGAGCGUCUGCAGAGCCAGGAGCCCAGGCUGGACUUUGCUUUCUUCGACAACCAGCCACAGGUCCCUCACGGCACUUGAUGGCCCCUCGAGACCUUUCAAAUGCAGCCGAGUGAUGCCAACUUCCACCCACCAGGAUAGAGG